UCGUUCAGCGGUGACUGGCUGGUGCUCACCUGUAGUGACAUAAGCAGAAGACAGUAGAGAAGCGUCUGAGCAGCCCGGCGGAGGAAUACAGCCCCAUUUCCGCUCAAUCGGACGGGAGCACCUCCGCGGAACUUAACCCACCGAAUCACAGCUGCAGUUUGAAGCGCACCUCUCUCAGUUUUCUCUAAUGCUGUAGGUGCUGAAGAACUCAGGAGACGUGCAGGAGGACACCAUGUCACACAGCGAGUCAGACAAAUGCAUGGACAACAAGUCUUCUCAAAUGGAGACUCUCUUCUCCACAGACCUUCAUAUAUACGAGCCAGGAGAUGAAGAUUACCCACCGAAAAGCCCCCUCACACUCCAGUCUGAAACAGCCACCACACAGGAAGACAAAGUGGACAAGGGGGUGAUGCCAGUGCGUGUGAUUCUGAGCACAGAGAAUCCUGCACCACCGAAGACCGAGAGUCAAAAGGUGAUUUUGAGGACCGAGAGCCCUGCAGCAAAGAAGCUCGGCAUCCACCAGCUGAUUCCUAAGAGCUUAGCAGUGGCCAGCAGGCCCAAACAACGCCACCACACCACAGUGGUGACCUUCCCAGUGGGACUGGAAAACUCCAGCAGCGAGAACCGCAGCCAUCACCCAACCCAGGUAACAGAUGUUUCCCGGGACGAUUAUGACAGCGAUGGAGACGGUUUCGCCUUCAGGAGGAACCGCAGGAACAAGUCAUACCGGGCCGCGGUGACCAGCCUGGACAUUGAGGCCAUGAUAGACGGGACAGAGAAUAAACCCAAUCUGAAACCUGUUGAUGAAAACAGAGAAAGCAGUCCCAGUCCUGCUCGCAGUCAUGGAGGCAAGCGGACCAUGGGCAGAAAGAGGAACCAGCGUGGAUCAUUCAAAGAUGCGACACCGUGCCUGUACCAGGAGAUCCGAGAGCGCGGGCUGCACUCCACCAACCAGGACGAGCUGCUCGAGGACUUUGUGGUAGUGGAGCCUCCUGCACAGGACCAGGGCAUUGUGAUGAAGAGCUACAAACAAGCUCACCUUACCUGGAGCCAGUUACCUCAGGUGAAGGAGUCUGGUAUUCUGUCCACAAUCACACCUCAGGAGAGAAAGAGACAAGAGGCCAUUUUUGAAAUUAUCACCUCAGAGCACUCCUACCUGCACAGCCUUGGCAUCCUGGUACGUCACUUCAAGAACAGCGUAGAGUUGAGGAAAACGAUGACGACCACUGAGCACCACCACCUCUUCUCCAACAUCUCUGUCAUCCACACAGUUAGCCAACGUUUUUUUCAGGACCUUGAAAAACGUCACAAUGAGCAACUGGUGAUCCGGGACAUCAGCGACAUUGUUCAGAACCACGCUGCACACCACUUCGACCCCUAUAUCGUCUACUGCUCCAAUGAGACCUUUCAGCAAAGGACGCUUCAGAAACUGCUGAAUAAUAACUCUGCGUUCAAAGAGACCCUGAAAGAAAUUGAGACAAGUAGUGAAUGUGGAGGCCUGCCCAUGCUCUCGUUCCUUAUCCUGCCCAUGCAGCGUGUGACCAGACUACCACUUCUGCUUGACACAAUCUGUCAGAAAACUCAGGCACAGACUGCGGAGUACUUUGCUGCUGUUUGGUCGCUGAAAGCUAUGAGCAAGCUGGUCACUGAAUGCAACGAUGGAGCAAGGCGGAUGGAAAGAACAGAGCAGAUGUACACCAUCCAAAAACAGAUGGAUUUUGGAAAAAUAAAACCAUUUCCCUUGGUGUCAGCAUCCAGAUGGGUGAAGAAGCGUGGUGAGCUGGCCGUCUCCAGCGAAGAGCUCAGCAUAUGGAGGGCUUUCGCCAACAGGAGCUACUACCUGUUUCUGUUCAAUGACGUGCUGAUCGUUACCAAAAAGAAGUCUGAGGAGAGCUUCGUGGUGUUGGACUACGCCACUCUGGAUAACGUACAGGUUGAGUUUGCAGAAGAUGCAGAAGUACGAACAUCUUCGCCCAGCAAAAGCAGCUCCCACUACCUUUCCUUUAAACUGCGGAUGAGCAAGAACAGUGAGGGCAAAUCAGAGCAGAUCUCCCUGGUGGCUGACUCCAGGGUGGACCGGGCACGAUGGAUAAUCGCUCUUAAUGAGCAGAAGCAGGUCGGGGUCUUCGCUUCCACAGAUGGUUUGCCACAGUACGAAGUCACCAAAACCUACAUGCCUAAAGAGCCGGAUGAACUUGGCCUGCGACAGGCUGAGCUUGUUAUUGUUCUCCAAAAGGAAGAAGAAUGGUGCUACGGGGAGAGAAUGCGGGACGGAGAGAAGGGCUGGUUUCCAGCAAACUGCACCACGGAGAUCACCAAUCCCACCGCCAUGGAGAACAAUGUACAACAAAUGAAGCGUUUGCGCAAAGAGACCAAUGUUUGAACGAUGUGGCCAGUUUGCCAACAGAACCUGCAGGUGAAAUAAACACCGUUGAAGACUAAUACACACCGCACUGAGGAGUUACGCUGAGCCCUGGAAGUCCAUUUUUACAGACUGAGUCUUUUACGCACAUAGGAUAAUGUGCAAAUGUCCUCACAGGAUGGGGGGGGGGGGGGGGUCUACUGCUCCAUAUUCAUGACAUUUCUCCAGAGUGCCAAAUAUUGUGUAGUUUGAGUAGAAUGGAGUGAAGAAACGGCCCCGGUCACUUUACUCAGAGCUCAUAAAAUAAGAGUCACUCAAAUUCAAACAUCUACUUUAUGAUGUAAAAGAAAAAUCUGACAACGGCCAUAGCCUGUAUACUUGAGAAAAAUAAAGACUUAAAACGGU